UCCCACGUCAGAGCCUGUGUUAAAUGUAAGCCUUCGGGGUCAUUCAGUUAAUGAGGGAAAUGAAAUGGAGGUGAAUAAAGAUGAACGCCACCAGUUGAAUGGGCCUAAUGACCAUCAGCGACGAGCAGCGCGGAGUUGAGAGUCUCGUCAGCGCCAGUCUGACCGACCAAUCACAGCGCUCCCCCACUGGCGGACCUCUGUGAGGCCAGUCGCAGUUAGGCGGUGUAAACCUAUCUGGCUUGGAAAUUAUGAAGGGAACCAGCGUCGGUCAGUUGUAGAAGGAGAAAAGUUAAAUUGAGGGGAAAGAUUUUUUUUUGGCGACGCGUUUGACAUUUUGAGCACCAGGAUUACUGCGUGUUCUCCAGGAUAGUUGCGCUGUAACUUGUGCUGUACAGCAAACGGGAUUUUCCGAUGUAGUGUGUACUUGAAUUGCCUUGUCACAUGUAUCAGAAAAUCUCAGAACAUCUCGUUGGGCACUGACUCUCUCUCUCUCACUCUCCUGCUCGCGUUUUUUCCCCCCUCUUUCUGCCGUGAUAAUGGAUUACCAAUAGCCGGAUGGAGACACAUCAAGAACGAUUGAGAUCUGCGGCACUUGUAAAAAAGAACACGGGCGUUUAAAACAGGUGGCAGAUCCAGCAACAGUUCAAGCUGUCCUGAUCAUCUUCUGCCUCAAUAACAGGCUGCCAUCCGCGAGACGCUGAGAUACAGUGCGCAGGCUCUCCCAGCGCUGUUCUCCAGCAUCAAACCCCAGAGCAACGCACAGUGGAUCUCUCGGCCAGCACAUUCCAGGUUUGACUGUCGACAUGUAAACCUCAAGACAAUUCUGGAAAUCAAGCAGAACGUUUAGAGUCGACAAGAAGAAAAAAAAUUUGUGCCGGAGAGCUCUUUUGGAAACAUUAGUCAGUGGGAGAACUGCUGCUUUGUGUCUCUCAUUUUUCCUCCACUGAACUCUCCUCAGAAGGUUAGAGGAGCAUGUAACUGAAACAAGUGGAGCCCUCGGUGAUUUCAGCAUUCUGUCUCCCCCAUCUGUGCCUACAUUCUCUGCUACAGAUAGGGACGUUUUGAUAAUUACAUAUAAUUAUAAUUUCUGUGGGAGACAGAUCUGCCUCUGUCUAUUAUUGCCAACACCUCCAACACAAUAACUUCACACAUUUACAUAUUUCUCAACAAAAGUGAUAUUCUUUGAACCUCCGACACAAAUCAGGAAUAAUUUUACUUAGAGAGACGUGUCACAUGGAGAAGCGAUGUGCCAUUCAGUUCAUAUCUAAUGAGUUAUUUUGUGCCUAAAAGCUGAAUGCGGAGCAUUUAAAAUCCACGACAUUUGCCUCAUUUUGCAAUGUGUUUCACAUGCUGGGAGUCAUUUAUUUGGUUUAUGCUUACUCCUGAUUUUCAGUUGUUACAGUCUUCUAGCACUUAAGCUGAGCCUGCCUCAUUAUCACCCCCAUCCCAAUCACAGAAACAGUCCGUGCCAGGCAAGAACUGAUGCACAUUAAUCCCACCAUAGAAAAGACUGAGAUAAAGCACACGGUGUAUCUACAGAUGUGACGAGUGCCUAGAACAAGUUAACAUGGAGAUAAGUCCCUGCUCCAGAGAAACUAGGCAUCGUAAAUGAACAGUUUUCAUCAGUGGUGCAGUCUGUUGUUUCCAUUUGAUUGUUUACAAUGCCAAAAAGCACCAAAUAUAUGACAAGAGUUAAAGAUUUCAUACGUUUUUCCAGAAAAGAAUUUCUUACGGCUUAAAUAAGUGCCAAUUCUGAAUGUAUGUUGUGCCAGACUGGAAUAGUCAUCCAGGAAUGAACAAAACAGAUAAAACUGUUUACAUUUGACAUAGCACUGGCCAUAGACUAUUGUUCAAGUGCCAUGAUCAGCACAGGAAUGUAUAGGAUUGCCAUAUUUUAUUGAAAAUAGUUGCUACUAAUUUCUACUGGGCUUUGCGCUUAUGAAAAUUAAUUCCAUCCAGCAGGACGUUAAGACACGCGGUCUUUUGUUCAGUGGGACAUGUAGAAUAAGACAUUAAGGACUAAAAGCAUGAGGAUCGUUGUUCUCAAUUUGUCCUUUUUACAAAGCUGCAUCCAUUUUAGUGUUGUAGACUUAAGAGGUGGCUUUGGAGGGCAAAAGAUGAAAUCAUUACACAUUCAGAGUUCCUUUCUAGGAGUAAAUUAAAAUAAUUUGAAUUCUAUUAACUGCAGUUAUUGAAACACAAACAUUUUUAUUGUCCCUGGCCUUCUCUGCUAUUACAUCAUAUAAAUACUCAGUUUCUGACAAAACAAAACACCUGGUUUCAAAAUUCAUCAUGCAACAUUACUGAAUGAAACUAUUGAUACAUCAUCAAUAUUCAGUAGGUCGUACAUGCUUCUUGAAUAUUUCACAUGCUGUUUUAGUGGGUUAAACUGCAAAAGCGGAUACAGCGUUGUAACUGCAUUGACUCAACAACAGAAAAUAGAUCUCUUAGUCAUGUAAAAAUGACGCCCACCACCAAUCUCAGAGUCCUCGCUGUCUCCCUGCUCUCCCUCCUUACUGCCCCACUUACCACUUUUGUGGAGACCUCUCCCUCCCCCCCUCCUCAGCACCUUGACCCCUCAGGGAGGCCGUUCACAGAGGAGCCCAAAACUGACCCCAGCCCCUCGCUCCUGCUCCUUGCCAUCCAGGCCAAUAUCAGGCCAGCUGCUCUCCAAGGCAGGACCAAAACCCCCGAGAAACUUCCAGAGACCUCAGAGGGAGUUCUGGAGGCGCCUCCGAGACCCCUGCCCCAGGUCAUGUUCCCUAAGAAUGUGACUUCAGCGGAGGCCCUGGCUCCUCCCUUAGGUGCCGCCCAGGUAGCGCCCAUCCGACCACGACUGAUAGAUGUAUGGAUGGAUGUAUGUCGGGGGUAUUACGAUGUAAUGGGACACUUUGACAGCGCUUUCAACUGCUCCAAGGACACCUUCAUCUACUGCUGUGGAACCUGCCACUACCGCUUCUGCUGUCCAGAGCGUAGCCGGCAACUGGAGCAGGACAGCUGUAAAAACUAUGACUCUCCAGACUGGGCCAAGCCACAGACAGACGCAAUGAUAAUACCAGGAGAAUUAGGUCCUGACCCAGACUUUGACCCACUGAAGCAGCAGAGCCACAACACUGGCUUUGUCAUCGGUGGUGUGGUUGUGUUCAUGGUGGCUGUUGCUGUGGGCAUCAAAGUGGUCUUCAACAAGGUGCAACAGGAAGCCAAUCAAAGGGACCUCAAUAUGCCCAGAGCCCUGGUUGACAUGUUGCGGCACCAGUCGAGCCCGGUCCAGCAGGAUGAGAGAAACAACAGCGUGGCUCUGACUGUUGGGGAUGGACAGGGGACACUGGGGAGAGCUCCAAAAAAUCUUUACGCCCCAGGACUGCCCAGCAAGGACAACAGAUUGGGCAAUUUGCAACACAAUUUCAUCCACUCAUCAGGCUCCAGCCCCAAACACACGGCAACUAUCGAACGCACCCCUCGAAUGAACAAUGCUCAGCUGGCAGCUGGAGGCACCCUGCUCUCCAGUAAACACAACAACACCAAAUCCCAGCCUGCCUUCCACCACUCCCUGCACAACCUGGCUCAGCUGCCUCCCUCCUAUGAGAGCGCCACCAAGCCUGAGCUCAACAGAUACUCCUCCCUCAAACGCCUCGAGAAAGGUCUUGAUGAGUACUCGUCUGGUUACUGCACAACCAAGCGCCGGCCUCACACAGCCCAGCCAGCCCUCCAGUCCUCUCAGCACCACCUCCACUGGGGCGGAGACUACACCCUCAGUGGGAGAGGAACCCUCCCCAGGCACGCAGUUCGUCCCUGGAUCCCACCGCCGCCUUCUGGCAUGCCUGCCUCACCCACCCCCAAUCCUUACCCUCUGGAUCCCCCGGAGCCCCAGUACAACCCCAACUACGACACUCUCUCCAAGCCCCCGAGGAAAGUCAAGUCCACUGACCAGCUGCUCAACAUGGGUGAUGUCCCUGGCAACACGGGGACUCUGUCCAGGCUGUCCAAGAACCAGCAACACCAGUACUACAAAGCCAUGGCUGCCUCCAAUAAGAACUCCAACACGCAGACCCUCACCCGCAAGACCCAGGACAGGCAGGAGAGACGGCAGGAGGAACGGCUGCUCAUGUCACCGGACCAUUUGGAGGAGAGGAUGGGGGUUGGCGGUAUGGGUGUUGUAGAUCCAUACGCCCACACCGGAGGGAUUGUCCCCACGCUGCCUCGCCAGCAGAAGGCCCAGUCCCAGCAGAACGUCUGCGCCACGCCCUCCCUUGACCGGCACCACAUGAUCAAGAUGAACUCUCACCCGACGUCUGGACGAGAGCAGGAGAGGAACACGGCCAUGACGGGGCACAUGAGUGGGGGCAUGGGCUGGGCGGGGGAGAUGCCCGGGGCGGGGGUAGUCAUGGGAACGGGAACACUAGGGGGCCACAGCGCGAGGAGGAUGGCUUUUGCAGCGAAAAGGCAGAACACAAUUGAGCAGCUACAUUUCAUACCGGGAGGGGGCGGCGGAGGGUCAGGAGGAAGUGGAGGGGGCAGUCAGGGGAUCAGGACGGGGAGUAAAAAUGAGGUGACAGUGUGAGGUUUGUGCCUAAUGUAGAGUUUACCCCUCAUGUAAGGUAUGGGAAUAGAUCACCCUUCUGCAUUUAACUAUUAGAUAUACAACUACAAGAAAUACAACUAGAAGUAUAAAGUAUAGUAACAGUAUAAUGUGUUUAGGCUAUUCAAAUUAGUGUUAUCUUGUAAUUAAAUAGCUUAAAUAUGAUUACUUAAUUAAAAAUCUAGGAGGGGAAUAUCCGUUCCAAUUAUGUGAUAGCCUACAUCAGCCAUAUUUUGUAACAGAAUUUGCCAUAUUGCCAUAUACAGCGGUGCCAUUACUUGUAGAAAGACUGACUAGAAGGGUGAAACAAAACCAACAGAAGUGUCGUUCAUAAUUUUGUUUUUAUAUAUAUGUUUUUCAAAAAGUACUCAGGAGCCAUAUUAGAUAGGGAACCAGACGAUAUCAAAAAAAUAAAAGAUGAGGCGGAUGAGGAGGAGGACCAUAUGGAAUAUUGUAUCACAGAAUUUCAUAGAGAAUUGAGCCAACUACCUGCUGGACUGUCAACCUGCUCAGCCCUCGCCAUCGAUGAUUUAUUAAACUGAAUCCCAUAGGUAAAGAGCCCGGUGCACCGGAUGAGUCUGGAUGAACCAAGCGCCUGGUGAGGGAUUUUGGAGAUGUGACACUCUGCUGAACCAACCUCAUCCUGACACGGGGAAACAGAACUGCUUUUUGUUGCUUCCUUUGUAAAUGAGCGGACAAGGUGGGGGCUGGUUCUGACUGGGACACAGCAGCCUGACACUAUUGGCAGGACUCUGCGACCGAUUUAAACUGCGGACGUACCCACAUUACAAAUCUGAUGCCUGGGUUGCCUAGUUUUCCAUGUGACCUUAGAUCAAAUCCCCAGAGGACCACACACGCUGAUCACUGUUACACUACAGCAGUGUAAGCUGACGUUAGAUUACAUUUUGGGUAAGUUUUCCCUAGUGUUCCCAUCUAUAGAUCAGGACCUAACUGUAAAAACAGUGGGCUACCAAAUAAUAUAGAGCCAUCAGCCACAAUAUUACAAAAAAUCUUGACGUGAACACACACACGAGUCAAGAGAUUACCGAACAGACGUAUGUGUUCAGUUUACCAAUAAAAAGGCAACUUGCUUUUAUGUAGGUUGUGUAUGAGGAGCAAAGGUUUUUCUACAGAGCACAAAUGAAUAGACCAUGACGCAGAGGUUGCACUUACACAACUGUCCUUCAAAGCCAUUUAUGGAGAUACAAAGAAAAAACCACAGAAGAAGCUGGUCUGACAAUCACCAUUUUAUUCUUCUCACCAGGUGACAGAUUAUACGAGUCAGUGAUGUUUUGUACAGUCAAAGGAUUGGCUUCAGAGCGAGCCAAAAUCCUCUGAGUCAGGAGCGAGGGGCAUCCUGAGGCCUUUCUCCUGCAUGGCUCCGUAUGCCGUAAGAGACUCGGAUGGUUAGGAAGCCCUUCCCAUCCUCAAGACGAAGACCUUGCUGUAUCAUAACGCACUUCAGCCAGUAUGAGUUUAAAAAAAAAAGAAAAGAGAAAAAAAAAAAAUCUUCAUCAA